AUGCCCGAGAUAGACGAACAAUCCCCAAGCGAGAAACCAGCAGAGCGCCGAGCAAAGGCUUGCAAUUAUUGCAAAUCUCUCAAAGUUCGGUGUAUACCAUUUGACCAGUCAGAUCCGGACGGAAUUUGCGUGAGAUGCCAAAAGGGCGGGCGCGAAUGCGUCUUUUACUUUGGCCCCCGAAAGAAACGCCAAUCCAAAGAAAACCGUAUGACAGUACUUGAGAAGAAGAUUGAACAAUUGUCUGCAGCUUUACAAGCCGAAGAGGGAGUUAGGAUUAAGCGUGAAGUGUCGUCUUCUGCAGAGCCUUCAUCAGCACCAUCUUCUGUUCCCCAUUCGCCACCCAAAAACGUGGUCCCGGCACCACCAAUCCCGGUCCCCACCCCAAUACCUGCACCGGCCACAAGGCCUGGAUUUGUUCCUGACUUUGAUAUCCAAGACAUUCGUACCAAGCUGAGAGAUCACUGGAGAGCCAUGUCUGAGCACGACAGUGCACGACUUGAAAAUCUUGAAAACUCUCCAAGACCCGAACGGCCUGGUCCUAGAACUGACAUUGUUGCCCAGGGACUUGUUAGUGCUGCUGAAGCCGAAUACCGACUACACUUAUUCCGCACAUGUUUCCACCAAAGACUACCAGUUUUGACUCUUCCUGAGGGAAUGACAUGUGAAGAGUUAAGAAAGGACCGACCUAUGGUUUUCCUGACCAUCAUGUCGAUUGCAAGUGCAGCUAUGGAAGGGACACCUAAAGAUGGUAUUUCUAAACCGGGAGUUUUUUAUACUGACUUUAACACAGCGCUUGUAAUUUCGAAUCAGUGUAUCGAACUGCUCAUGUAUGAGAUUAUGAUUCGCAACAAGAAGACUCUUGAGCUUUUGGAAAGCUUGAUUCUUAUUAACCUUUGGUACAACUCACCUGAAAUGCAUUUGUACCACAAAUCCCACAUUUUGACAAACCUCUGUAUUAUUAUGGCUAUAGAUAUGGGUCUUGGAGGAUACUCAUCACCUUCACCAGGUUCGAAACGAACAGAACCUCAAAGAAACGUUCCUCUUACAGAAAUUGUAGGUACCGGACCCGCUGAUGGCCGGCGACCUCCUAAGUAUGAUCAAAUUAUUCAUCCAUUUAAUUUGCUGGACCCCCAUACUUAUCAAUGUCGCAAACUUUGGCUCUGUGUUUACAUUGCUUCAGUUCAGCUUUCUUCCCAACUCAAGCGGCCUAUGACCAACGUUUGGUCAGUGUAUACAGAAGAAUGCUGUGAGAUUCUUGGUAAUGAUGACCGUCCCCGUGACGAACGCAUGGCUGCUAUGCUUGCUCGACUUUAUCGCAUCAUUGAACUUACUGGUGAAGGAUUUCAAUCUGCCGACCAAAAACGGCCCCCAGAUGUUAAUGACCCGUGCAUGCAAACGCUCAUACGGUAUCUUGAGUUGCAAAUGCAUAAAGUGGUUCCUGCACGAUUACAGGAAACUUCGCGCGACUUUGCUGUUCAAUGGCAUUCUUUGCAAAUGUUUUUACACAAGCCUGUACUUUACACGCGGUUAUCGACGCGACUUGGAAGAUCACCGUAUUCUAACUUUUCUUUGGCAAUGGGCGAUUUAACCAUUACACUAAAUGUUGCACGAUCACUUGGCGCGUGCUACACAUCAUCAACAGCCCUUAUCCGAUUGUUUAAUGAUAUGUCUGUAGCAGAACUUGUCAGUGCUCCAUUGACCACAUAUGCCAGGAUUGUCUUGUCUGCAUCCAUUAUUCUUAAACUGAGAGCUCUUUAUUUGACUGUACCGGAGUUUAAACGAGUGUGUUCGAUCACGUCUUCUGAAAUGCAGGGGAUUCGUACUCUUUUGACUAAGAUGGAUGAGGCCUUGACGAAAUAUCCAUUUUCUAAUUGCGUGCUUAAUUACGCCGUUGUUUUACGGAUCUUAAUUUACCAUAGCGACAGACUACUCAAUUUUUACAUGGAGGAAUUUACGGCAGAAAAGAGUGGUCGGCGCAAACGGCGGCGAGGAAGCUCGUUUGAUGGGUACGAAGGAUCUGGUGAUAUCCGUGGUGGCGAAUCCCCGCUUGACUUGUUAUCAAACAUUGCUGCUGAUCAACGCGAGUCUGCAAGUGAUUUGAGCGAUGUUCCGGCAGCAUCUACUAUAGCGAAUACAAUUUCAACAACAACCGCCAACAUUUCCGGUCCUGGACCUUCUUCCACAACACCUGUACACAUUGUUCCGCUGGUCACCUCAAUGGAUCAAGUGCCUUUAGUUCCUUUAAGUUCGGUUCCGAUGGCACCUCAGAUCAACCUGACUUCUCCUUUGCCUCCUCCAAGGUUUAUAGUAAAUCCCCGUCCGCAGUCAAGCACAGGAUAUUCAGCUCCGUCCUUAUCGGUGCCAACACCUGUUCUUCCCAGUAAUAACCACAUUCCGGGCCCGCAGCAGCAGCAGGAGCCGUUGCAACAACAACAGCAUCCUCACCAUCAAUCUUCUUUGCCUCCUCCUCUUCCUGCUCCUCAGACUGACGAUUUAUUUCCUGUCUGGCUGUUCACCGAUGAUUCUUGGAAGGAUCUAGUUUCCGGCGCCGAAGCUCUUUCCGGGUUCGAGGCGCUUUAA